ACACGUCUCGUCCACGUGGUUGAGAACCGAAUUGAUCUAACUAUUUAGUGACCGUUUGUAAAAGUAUCAUGUAUUUUUGGACCUUGUCUGCACACAAAGUGUACACAAAGUUGACACAGAAUCAUUAACGAAACAUGUUUUAAGAGAUAUGUAGAAUACAGAAGAGGUUAGUUUAACCGCUUUCUAAAGUUCACAGGUUUACAUUUGCCGGAUUCGAUGUCACUGGGACGUCGUUCUCGCAUCACGCGAAUUUAUGAGGACUUUUAAUCGUCACUUCAGUAGUUAAAAGGAACUGUCAACCAAAUGGCAAUGUUUACAUCCAGAAGGCUGCUUAAAGCCGUUGCCAUCGGAACAGUCGGGCUUGGUACUCUAGCUUCUCUCAGAGCAAAUGAGUAUGACAUUGGUGCCAUUGGUAUUGUACGCUUAAGCCGUGCUGCGCUAACAGUGCUUGACAUAGGCCGUUAUUAUAAGAAAGAAUUAUAUAACAGUAAAUUGGAUAAAACCUCACCAGAGUACCUGCAGCUAAAAUCAAAUGCUCACAAAUACGGAGCGCAAAAACUCCUAGAGCUUUGUUGUGCUAACAAAGGAGUGUACAUCAAGGUAGGUCAGCAUGUAGGUGCACUGGACUACCUGCUGCCCAAGGAAUAUGUACAUACCAUGCGCGUACUGCAUAGUGCGGCACCUCAGUCCUCAUUCAGUGACAUACUUACUGUUAUUCAGGAGGAUUUUAAGAGGCCUCCAUAUGAGAUUUUUCAGAGCAUCGAUCCAGAGCCCCUAGGCACUGCUAGUCUCGCACAGGUGCACAGGGCAGUACUGAAAAACGGCGAUGUGGUGGCUGUAAAAGUACAGCAUCGUUCAGUCAAAAGCAACUCUUACGUUGACAUUAAGACCAUGUCGACUUUGGUAAGCAUUACUUCACUGAUAUUUCCAGAUUUCAAGUUCGACUGGCUAGUCAAAGAGACAAAGAGGAACAUCCCUCAGGAGUUGAACUUUACUCUGGAGGGCAAGAAUGCUGAGAAGGUACAGAGGCUUUUCAAAAACUAUCAUUGGCUAAAAGUGCCCAAAAUAUAUUGGGACUUAUCGUCAUCUCGUGUGCUCACGAUGGAGUUCUUGGAGGGUGGACAAGUGAAUGACCUGGAGUACAUGCGCGCCCAUCAUCUGAAUCCAUAUGAAAUCACCAGCAAGCUCGGUCGUCUCUACAGCCACAUGAUCUUCAUUGAAGGUUUUGUUCACUCGGAUCCACAUCCUGGUAACAUCCUGGUACGCAACCGCGACUCUCAGGUGGAAAUUAUUCUGUUGGAUCAUGGCCUCUACGCCGAUUUGUCCGAUCAGUUUCGCUGGGACUAUUCAAAGCUAUGGCUGGCUAUCCUCGACAGCGAUCGAGUGGCUAUGAAGAAAUACUGCACUCGUCUUGGAGUCGACAAUUACUACGGUCUGCUGUCGGUCAUGGUGUCGGGCAGGACGUGGGAAACGAUUAUAUCAGGCGUGCGUAAAACUCGCUACAAUACUCAAGAGAAGGAGACGUUUCAGCAGAAUGUUCCAAACUUGUUGCCACAGAUCAGCGACGUACUGGACCGUGUCAACCGACAAAUGCUGCUGAUUCUUAAAACCAACGAUCUCAUGCGUUGUAUCGAGUAUUCGUUACAAACUCAAUCCAGGAUGUCGGCCAUGAUGGAAAUGUCCAAGUGUUGCGUGCGUUCUGUAUACGGCGAGAAGCUUCGGCAAUGCUCGAAUGCAUGGGAUAAGUGCUGGGUGUCGUUAGCGGAACGUUGGGCGCUUCUUAAAUUAUCGUUCUAUUACAUGUAUCUGGGCCUGAUACACUUCGACCUAAACAGCUCGGUCAAUUCUCUAUGGACGAAGGACUUUUAUUCGUUUUAACAAAAGUUUUCCUUUAGACUAAAUACUUUUUUUUGUUCAAUUGGAUAAAACUUACGCCCUUGUG